ACGCGGGUAGAGGUGCGCGUGCGUUGUUUCACUUCCUGGAAUCGAUGUCACGUCAAUAAACUGUUGUCUUUACUCAUUGCGUUGUGCUGUAGGCAGUAGUCACACCAGAGACUGACUGAAAUUGGAGACCACAACUGACUUUGAACUAUUAAGACAUUUGGUCCACCAAGUUUCCGCAGUUUCCUCCCCGGUUCCAUCAUGUGUGAUCUCAGACAGGAUGGCGAUCUGGAGACAGAUCACAUGGCGGAUUUCUCCCUGAGAAACAUUCGCCUGGACUCAUUCCGCGGCUCCGGCCUGGCCCAGCAGGUGUCUGCAGAGAGACUGGCCCGCGCCGGCUUCUACUUCACGGGCCAGGCCGACCGCGUCCGCUGCUUCAGCUGCCAGGCGACCGUGGAGAACUGGUGCAGGGGAGACACGCCUGUGGAGAGGCAUAAGGAGGUUUCCCCAUCGUGCAGGUUUCUGAGCUGCAUCCACCGCCCCAAUUUCAACCCAGGUUUUGAUACCAGUCUGACUAAUGGUUCCGCCUACAACGAAGAAGCAGAAGACAUGGAGUUUCGAUUGAGAACAGGAGAGGUGGUCGAUCAGAGCAUCUUCCCGAUGCUCCCUCACAUGAGGAGCGAGGAGGCCCGGCUCCGGACCCUCUCUGACUGGCCUUCUGACGCUCCAGUGACACCCCAAGAUCUGGCCCAAGCCGGCCUCUAUUACCUCGGAGAGGCUGACCGGGUGCAGUGUUUCUGCUGCGGCGGUAUGCUGGGGGGCUGGGAAGAGGGAGACACCGCCUGGGAAGAACACAGCAAACAUUACUCUAACUGUUUCUUCAUCCUCGGCCAUGAUGUGGGCAACAUCCCAUUAGCCGGGGGGGCAGUGGUGGAGGAGGAGGGCGGAAGUAGACAACACGCAAACCCUCAAGUCCAGAUGGGGAAUUAUGAAGAGAGGCUUGCCAGCUUCGCAGCUGUCCAGCACCCUGUUGACCCCGAGAGGCUGGCCAGAGCUGGCUUCUACAGCACAGGUGCAACAGACAGGGUGCUGUGUUUCAGCUGUGGUGGAGGUUUGAAGGGUUGGCAGCCCGAGGAAGACCCUUGGGAAGAACAUGCCAAACACUACCCUGGAUGCAGCUUCCUGUUAACAGAAAAAGGACAAGAGUUUGUCAACAACAUCCAGCUCCAAGACCCUCGACGAAAUCGAGCUGCUUCAAGUCAUCAGAAUGGAUUUUCUGGACAUGGGAAGGAGGUGCUGCGGUCCGACAUGGCUCAGAAGGCGAUAGAGAUGGGUCUGGAGCCCAGUGUGGUGGAAAAAACCAUCCUGGAGAAAAUCAGUACGACUAGCUCAGGCUACUCCACCCUGGAGGCUCUUGUAGAGGAUUGUCUCCACAACACUCAACUGAGUGACGCUGCCUCGUCACAGGGUCAAGAUGAAGACCCACUGGAGAAUCUGCGGAGGCUGCAGAGGGAAAAACAGUGCAAAAUAUGUAUGGACAGAGAUAUCUGUAUUGUCUUCAUUCCAUGUGGUCAUCUGGUCACCUGUAAGCAGUGUUCAGAGAUGCUCAUCAAGUGUCCAAUCUGCUGUGGGGCCAUAGAACAGAAGCUCAAGACCUACAUCGCCUAAGGGAAUCACAAACUCUUGCCAAACAUCAAUGCUGCUUUCGCUCUAUCUCUAUAAUAUUGUAUUUUAAUAAAUAAUGUAGAUACCCUGUGUUAUAUUUAAAGACCAUGUUGUUUGUACGAGUACGAGAAGAAGAUAAUGAGUCGUCACAAUCACUGAGAUGUUAAAUAGCUGUUAAUACUGAGAUGGUUUAUUAUAAAUAGUUGAUUGUGAUUUUAUAGAUAAUAAUAAAGUGCUGAAACUUGUAAUUACACACUAGAGGCUAAUUAUUAUUAGCACAGCGUCCGUCUUUCUUGCCAGAGGUGCCUUUCUCUUGUUUAAUGUACUUGUGUCUUUUUUCGUGGUUUUAUUUAGGACAUUUUCCACAGGGUAAUUGAACUAUACAUGGGAAUUAAUUUCAGUGUGUUUUAUAACCCUAUGUGUCCCACUUAUAUAUUUUGUCUUGCAAUAGUUCUCCAUUUUUCCAAUCUCUGGCUCUUUACUGAAAUAUAAACGACGAUCACUUACUGCCCUUUGCUUUAUAACUGACACAAUCAACUCUAAUUAGGGGCCAACAAUUAAUCAGUCUGUUGUUAAAUUCAUUAAGUGUUCAAUCAUGCAAUGUGUUUUGUCAACAAGAGUGAAUAAAUCUGAAUGUUUGGACUUGAGAAA